AACAUCAUUAUGAACUCUGAGUCAGAGCAGAAGAGCAGUAAGGGUGUUUUGUUUGGCAGAUCUUCCAGUUUAACAUGAGCGCAGCAACACUGACGCCACUCUGUGGGCACACCUGCAGCUCAGGUGGGAGGAUGGUUGUCCUGGAGGAAGCUCUCUGAGGGAACAAACAGGCUGGAGCGCAGCUGAGGAGCCUCAGACGCCAGGAGAAGGAGAGGAGGACGACCAGUUCCAGGCUGUGGAUGAUGGCACAGAGUCCGACAGAAGGAAGAGGAGGAGAGAUCGGCCCGCAAGACGUGCUGAGAGGAUGCACAGACGGCGCUCAGAGGACGAAGAGCAACAUGAUCCGAGUGUUCAUCAGCUCCACGUUCACAGAUAUGAGCAGCGAGAGGAAGGCUCUGCUGGAGAAAGCUUACCCAGAAGUCCGGUCCUUCUGCUGCGGGCUUGGCUUGGUGUUCGAGGUUGUGGAUCUACGCUGGGGGAUCCGAAACGUCCCGUCAGGAGACCACGAGGCCUGUGAGGUCUUCCUGGAGGAGAUCCAGCGCUGCGAGCAGAUGUCAGCUGGUCCAACGUUCAUUGCUCUGCUGGGGAACCGGUACGGCCACCGAGCUCUUCCUCGCCUCAUUCCAGAGAAACUCUUUGACGCUCUUCUGUCCAAACUCUCCAAAAACCCAGAAGGCAUUAAGACACUUAACCAGUGGUUUAAAAAAGACAGCAAUGCUGUCCCACCCACCUAUGUCCUUCAGCCAAUCAUAGCUCACUUCCCUCAUUACAUUGACCUUCGGCCUGAGAGCGGGAAGCAGCACGACAAAGAUGUCCUGUCAUGGCGCCUAGCAGAGACUCGGCUACUGCGACUACUUCGAUCUGCAGCCACUGACGCCGAGGACACCGGCGAGAUCACAGCUGAGGAGAAACAACGGUUCUACACAUCAGUCACAGAGCGGGAGUUUGAGCGUGGUUUGUGGCAGAAUGACUAUGAAUCAUCUGCUCUGCUCUUCGUUCGUGAGAUUCCCCGUCAGAAGUCCAGGGAGGGGCCCAAACGUUUUGCCAAGUUCAUGGAUGUGACCGGCGACGGCCUGCUGGAUGCCGAAGCUCAGGGACUCCUCGCCGGGCUGAAGACACGGCUCUUCGUCAAGUCACAGAAGAUCCUCAACCUGCACUCUGUGGAGCUGAGCAGAGGAAGCAUAAAUCCGAAGUGCAAGGAGCAUGCUCAGUACCUGGACAGCGUCUGCGAGCAGUUUGUCUCACAGAUGAAGGCUCGGAUUGGCGCAGCGAUGGAUUCACUGGGCCGGAGGAAGAUGUGGGGAACCACCGAGGAAGAGGAGAAGAUGGACGGGUUGGUGGUCACGGAGGCAAGGCGCCACAUUGCCAUCAGUGCUGAGCUUUGCAGAGGUUUCCAUGGCAGGGAGGGGCUGCUGGGGAAGCUGUGCCUUGCCAUGUGGGAGUCCAGCAAUGUCCGCCACAGGCCGCUGGUGGUUCAUGGUGGCGCCGGGAUGGGGAAGACGGCGGUGCUGUGCAAACUGGCCCAGGAGAUGCGUGGUGUACUGGAGGCCAGGGCAGUGGUGGUGAUCAGGCUGCUCGCAGCUUGCCACCCUCAAAAACCUGACAUUGACCACGUUCUCCACAGCAUCUGCACACAGGUGUGCUUGGCUUCUGGUCUGGCUCCGCCCUCACCGCUGACGGUCUCCACUCACUUGGAGCUGCUGCGAUUCUUCUGGGAUGUUCUUGAGCAGGUUUCCCAGCAGGGCGGUGCUCUGGUCAUCGUCCUGGACUCUGUGGAGCAGCUUGCAGACCAACAUCACGCUCACAAGCUCCGCUGGUUGCCUGUUGACCUCCCGCCCAACGUCCAUGUGGUUGUCUCCAUGGAAACCAACAGCGAGGCAUUUGCUAACAUGCGGUUUAAGUUGGAGUCUCUGGGAAGCUUCUUUGAGGCAGAGCGUUUGUCUUGCGAGGAAGGUGAACGCAUCAUAGAGUCAGACCUGCGAGCGUCUCAGCGGACGCUGACGUGCGAGCAGAGUAGCGCUGUGCUGCAAACUGUUGAGUCAUCUGGCUGCCCACUCCACCUCAAACUCAUCCUGUCUGUCGCCAAACGCUGGACGUCCUUCACGCCACUGACAGAGCUGCGUCUGGGUACCAGCACUCAGGAAAUGAUGUCACACCUCUUCCUUAUGCUGGAGGAAAAACACGGGAAGGAGCUGGUGGGCGGGGCUUUGGGGUACAUCACUCUAGCAAGGGAGGGUCUGCUGGAGGCUGAGUUGCGUGAUGUCAUGUCCCUGGAUGAUGAUGUCAUCAGUGAGGUGUACCGGUACUCCCUUCCUCCGAUUCCCUCACUGAUCCGGCUGCCGCCCCUCCUGUGGGCGCGGCUAAGGCGGGACCUUGAGGACCACCUGGAGGAGCGCUGGACUGAUGGAGUCGCCACCAUCGCCUUCAACAACAAGCGUCUGUCCGAGGCGGUCUCAGCACAUUAUCUGAGGUCAGAGCGGCGGGGGCGAAGUUUGAGGAUCCUGGCAGAGUACUUCCUGGGUCGGUGGUCAGGGAAACUGAGGCCAGCGUCUCUGCCGGGUCUCUCACUGCUGCUGUCUGACAGAAAGGUCCCACCCCAGCCGCUGUGGUUUGCUCCAGGAUUGGCUAACAUCAGGAAGCUGCAGGAGCUGCCCUACCACCUGCUGCACAGUGGUCUGUGGGAGGAGCUUCGACAGGAAGUUAUUAGCUGUGCUGAGUGGCUGUUCAUUAAGAGCCGGCUGUGUGGUGUCUCAUCUGUGAUCCAUGACCUGGACCAGUGCUCCAAGUACAUGGACUGCACAGAGACUGGACUGAUACGAGAUGCUCUGGUCCUGAUGAAACCCAGCUUAUGCUUCCUGGAGGGACACAUGGAAGUGUCUUUGUUUUACUCCGAGCUGUUGGCCCGACUGUCCUCGCUCAACUCCGCCUUCCCCACUGUGAUUGGGCGGCUGUGUAGCCAGUGCGAGGAGUGGUUACUGAAGUAUCCGGAUCCGAUUCUCAUCCCAAGGAGCAGCUUCCUGCAGCAGCCAGGGGGGGCGCUGCAGCACACGCUAAGUGUGCUGCGGGGAGGUGUUGUCUGCAUGGACAUCAGCGUGGUGUUGAGGCUCCUAGUUGCGGGGUCAGAUGACGGCGUGGUGGAGGUUUGGAGCAUGCUUGACAAGCAGCUUGUCCACACCUUGCUGGGACACACAGCUUCAAUCUUGGCUGUGAAGGUGAUCGGCAGCCCCGCCCACUGCCUCUCAUUGGCUGCUGACGGUUCACUGAGGAGGUGGAGCCUGAUGAAUGGCCAGCAGCUCUUCUGCAUCGAGGAGGCAGUGCCUAUAGACUCCAUCCCUUCAUCGGUGCACCUCCACCUAUCUGAGCAGCUGCUCUUCGUUUACACCAGGACACAGGUGAAGGUGUGGCAGCUGGAUGGGGCGGAGCUUCACCUGAACAGCAGCGACGAUGAGGUCUGGUUGGUUCUCGGGGUUCUUGGAGAAUCGGUGGUCUAUCUGUCCAACUCCGGUCGGGUCAGGAUCUCGCACCCAGUUUACGGGACUCAGUUAACGGUGAAAACUCCGCAGGAAAACUCAGUGAGGCACCGGACUGUCGUAACCACGCUGAUGCUCCCCAAACGUGAGAAAGUGUUUGUUGUGUAUAAAGGAGGAUUCCUCCACCAGAUUUCCAGGACAGGCAAACAGACUGUUGGCGAGUUUCCUCUGCUUCCUUCCUUCUUCUCAGUCACUGAAGAUGAAAAAACCCUGUUAGCAGCCAGCGAGUGCACUCUGAGCCUCUUCAGCAUCCUCGGCGACUCUCUGGACCGAUUCCUUGACCUCCAGCACGACGAUGACAUUUUAUCCGCCUGUGUCUCCUCAGACGGCAGGCGGCUCGUGUCUGGAGCUGCAGACCAACUUGUACGAGUGUGGUCGGUGACCACGGGGGCGCUGUUGGACUCUCUGUGUGGGGCGGACGCCCCUGUCACCUGUGUGCUUCUCUUUAAUGACUUUGUGGUUUCGGCCUCGACGGCCACCUCUUCCAUCCUGCUGUGGAACCUGAAGUACGACGCCAGCACCAAACCUACCAUCCGCAUUCCUGCAGACUCCGCCCACAUUGCCCUCACCAAAGACGGCAAUCAGGUUUUCUAUGUCCACCAGCAGAGCCAUACCGAGGUCAUGAGCUGGAACAGCCACACAGGUUCUGUGUGCGAGCGUUUGCCCGUCUCCUCCGAGGUGUCCUGUCUGGAGUUGGCUCAGAACAAACGUCUCCUCCUCUGCGGCCUGACGAGUGGCACCGUCCUCAUCUACCCAUUAGCCCUGCCUCAGGAGACGCUUUAUCCCCCCCCGGAGAGCCUCUGCAGGGUCCUCUGCCUCACCGCCGGCACCAAGGAGAAGCACCUGGCGGUGGCCUACGAGGACUCGGUGUGCCUGUUCGAGAUCACUUCCAGGGACAACUUUCCCACGGUGGAGGGGCCUCUGAAGAAGUUUGCACUGCCCCUUCUCCACGCCCCGCUGUCCGCCAUGGCCCUGCUUCCCGACCGCAGGCUGCUGUACGGCACGAGCUGUGGGGAGGUGACGCUGUGGGACUUUGGCAGGGGUGGCGACGUCUCCGACUUGGAGCCUCACCGCAGCGGAGUGACCUGUGUGACGGUCAGUAACCGGGGGGCUCAUGCUCUGGUGGGCUCCGAGGACACUGUGCAGAGGCUGUGGGCCCUGAACCCGCUGGCCCUGGACCACACCAUGGAGUACAAGGGCUUUCUCUUUGAGGGCGUCCUCUCUGCUGCGUUCUCUGAAACCGACCGCUUCAUCUUCACCGGGUCUCAGGACCGAACCAUCAAAGUCUGGGACGUUGCAUCAGGAAACCUGCUCUUCGUUCAGUACGUCUACUCCCCCGUUGUCCGAAUGGUGACCUUCAGGGACGGCUUUGUGGCCAUAACCCGGCAGGGCGCCAUCAUCAGAGAGCUGUUUCGGUGUCCAGACCACAUCGGGCCCGACUACAACCCUGUGAGGAGUUUCAGGGCCCAGUACCGGGUCACCUCUAGGGAGAAGGACCGGGAAGGACCGCAGACCUCCGUAUCCAACCUGCAGGACUUUAACCCCACCCAGUUAAACCUGAACCUCGUGGGCAUGUUCAAAGCCAAACCCUCCUCUGCAUGUGUCAUGCUGUAGGACAGCAGGGCCCAAGUCACGGCUCCCGGACCUUCACUGGCCGUUCAAGGAGGGGAAAAAAAAAUGUUAUUUACCAAUAUUUGAUCAUUAUAUUUAAUAAACAUGU